AUGACAAAACCUACUCUUUACGAAUUAGAGACUCUGACUAAUUUAGCCAGCGCCACUUAUGGUUCACGCGUUCUCUUCGCUACUGAUGAGUGGUUUGCGUCUGCCAGUCGUCUGUUGCUACCAGAACCUCCCAUAUUUGUUGCCAACAAAUUCACGAGCUUUGGUAAGUGGAUGGACGGGUGGGAAUCUCGGCGCAAGCGCAUUCCAGGCCACGACUGGUGUUUGCUAGCGUUGGGUCUCCGUGGCCUCGUUGACAUUGUGGACAUAGACACGGCUUUCUUCACCGGCAAUUAUGCGCCACGUGUGUCCAUUCAGGCUGCUAAUAUCUCCCAACGUAGCAACACGUUAAGAACUCUCGCGGCUAAAGCCACUGACAAACGAGCUAUGGGUGUAUGUGCCACAGCUCAAGAAUUUGAACUAGUAGAGAAGCUCGAGUCUGAUAAAUGGGUGGAGAUUGUGCCGCUUACAAGACUUGGAGCUGGAUAUGCUGAAACACGCCACAAUUUGCGCAGAGUGCACGCUUCCAAGCGAGGUCCGUGGACACAUCUUCGGGUCAAUGUUUUUCCGGACGGAGGCAUCGCGCGGCUGCGUGUGUAUGGAGAGGUGGAGAUGGACUGGAAUAGCAUUUUGAGCUCUAACUUGAUUGACCUUGUCAGUAUAGCUCACGGUGGUAGAGUGAUUAGCUAUAGUGACGCCCAUUACGGCCAUCCACGCAAUUUGAUUGCCCCAGGACGUAGCAAAUCUAUGGCGGAUGGAUGGGAAACAGCGCGCAAGGCCUCACGCCCUGCCAUUUUGACAGCUAACGUCAUAACUGGGCUGCUUGAAGUAGCCGGAAAAGAUUGGGUCGUCUUUAAAUUGGGACACUCGGGAGUGAUCCACCAUGUCGAAGUAGACACAAACUUUUUUAAAGGCAACUGUCCAGAAAGCUGUAUCGUUUACGGUUCUGAAAUACGUCACUGUGAUGAAAAUCAGUUAUUAAAUGAUACUGAUGUCAAGUGGGAAGUUGUGCUGCCCCGUGUGAAGUUACUUGCUCAUAAGCAGCAUUUUUUUUCGAUUGCAGACGGUACAGUAAACCUCAUUCCUACUGGUGUCAAUUAUGUCAAGCUGGAAAUGUUCCCUGAUGGCGGAAUCAGUCGUCUUCGAUUGCUUGGUUAUAAAAGAGAGAUCUCGCGCUUGUAA